UCUGGUCAACAAAUUGUACUAUUUUAGAAUAUUUCAAUUAAUUGAUGAAACAAAUUUCAUCUUAACACACCUUAUUUAAAAUUUUUGAAAAAAUCAACAUAAUGGUUUGAAACGUCUAACGUAAACCUUUUCAAAUGAAACUUCGAUUUAAAAAUAUUUUCGAACCCUCUGGACAAGGAAAAUAGGAUGUAAUGGAUAAUUUACACAACAGUUGGAUAUAAAAUGUCAGGAAAAAUCAAACUCCUGAUAUUUUUAUUCUUAAUAAUACUGCUAUUUCUUCUACGAGCUAUUACCAAUAUGAUUGAUUUGAAAGUUAAUAACCAAAGUACAGCAAAGCUAAAAUCUUCAUCAUCAUAUGAUUCAGAAUUUGUUGUUUUACCCCAAAGUAUGAUAUCACCACGAAAAGCAUAUUGUAUUGAUGGUUCUCCACCUGCAUAUAAUAUAAAACUCAGCCAAGUGUCAACAAUGAAGAAAUGGAUCCUACAUUUAGAAAGUGGUGCAUGGUGUAGUUCUGUCCGUGCUUGUGAGUCAAGAAGUAAAACACGUCUUGGUUCCUCAAAGUUUGAAGCUAAAACCAGAAGACUUGAAGGUUUAAUGUCUUCUAAUCCUAAAAUAAAUCCUGAUUUUUAUCAGUGGAACAUUGUGGAAUUUCUCUAUUGUGAUGGAUCUUCUUUUUUGGGUAAUCUCAGUAAACCAAUAAAUUAUCAUGGUAAAGAACUGUAUUUGAGUGGUGCUGUUAUUUUUGAGAUUAUUGUAGAACAUUUAUUAAAGAAUACUAAUAUAGGGAUGGCAGAUUUGGUACUGUUGACAGGUUCUUCAGCAGGUGGACUGGCAUCUUUAAUUCACGCUGAUCAUCUACGACAAACUUUACCUAAAACAGUGACGACAGUAAAGAAUGUAGUUGAUGGUAGUUUAUUCCUUGACCAAAAGUCAACUACAGAUGAACAUUUGAUGAAAAAUAUGCUGAAAGAGACAUUUGAACUUCAUAAUAUUAAAGAUUCAUUGAUUUUGAGAAAAUGCACAGAUCAAAGAGCAGAAACAGAUAAAUGGCAAUGUUUUAUGCCUGAAGUAUUUAUGAAAUAUACACAAACACCCACCUUUUAUUUCAAUUCCUACUUUGACACAUGGUAUGGAAGAUCCCCUUUAAAGUUGGGAUGCUGGUUUUCAAACCUUCCAUGCAGUUCAAAGGAAAACGAUGUGACAAAAGACUUACAAACAGCAUUAAUGCAAGUAACACAUAAGAUUUUGGAAAAAGAUAGUAAUGGAAUAUUUUUAACCUCUUGUAUAUGCCACACAAUCAUGAAUAAUUAUAGAUUUGCCCGUGUAGUAAGUCAAGGUAUUACUGGAAGUACAGCUUUGAAAUGGUGGUUAAACAAUGAACCAAGGGGGAAAAAAAUAAUUGAUGUGUUAGAGAAUCAAAACUCAUGGAAAAAUUGCUUUUGAUUUAUAUUGUCAAAACUGUCGGACCAUAACUUCCUGGAUUAUGGCCCCUGAUUGAACAAUAAAAUGUGUUUUUAGCUUGUGGAACCCUCCAGAGGAUAAAAAUUUUGACCUCUUGAGGGUUCACAAGUACAAUCGGGGACCAUAAUCCAUGAAGUUACUCUCCAACAUGUGCCAAUAUCGAAAGGAACCAAGAUCUUUGGGAUAUUAUAAACCUAUAUUUCAAGUUUCGUCAAAAUUGGAUAAAAAUUGUGACCUGUAGAGGGUCCACAAAUGUGAACAGAUGACACAGGGGCGACAACAUAAUACGUAUAAAAAUUUAUAUACAUUUGUGAUAAUAAUGAAAACUAUUGAAACACUGUAUCUUACAACAUGAGGAUUACAUCUACUAACCAUCUUCAUUAGCCCAUGUUAGGAGCAGAAUAGUAGGACGUUAAAGCUGAACUCUGAUUACAAAACUACAGAAAUAAUUAAAU